AUGAUUGGACUAUGUCGAACAAGACAGUCAUUGCUUCAUCAUCAUAAUCAACAUCAGUUUGUUAGUCUGGUUGUUGCAAGACAUCAACAACAAUACUACUCAAGCAGCUCUGUUGCCGACCCAAGAUCUCGAAGCAUCGAUGGCAUCAGGGAUACAUUCCUCAAGUACUUUGAGAGGAAUGGUCACAAACGAGUCGACUCUGCAUCAUUGAUCCCUCAUACAGAUAACACUCUCCUCUUUACCAACUCUGGUAUGGUACAGUUCAAGAACUGCUUCACGGGAGUGGAACGACCACCUCAAUCAAUGUGCACGACAGUGCAGAGAUGUGUGAGGGCAGGUGGCAAACAUAAUGACUUGGAGAACGUAGGAUAUACAGCGAGACAUCAUACAUUCUUUGAGAUGCUGGGCAACUUCUCGUUUGGAGGCUACGCACACUUUAAGCGCGAUGCGAUCAAACAUGCUUGGCAAUUGCUCACUGUCGACUUUGGUCUGCCAGUCGAUCGUCUCGCGAUCAGUGUGCUGCACGGUGACGAGGAGUCGGCCGACAUUUGGCGCAAUGAGAUCGGCCUGCCCAGCGAGAAGAUCAUGUACAAGGGCGAAGCGGACAACUUCUGGUCGAUGGGCGAUGGUGCCGGCCCAUGCGGCCCGUGCUCCGAGAUCUUCUGGGACCAGGGCUGCGAGGUGGACGGCGAUCGCUACCUUGAAAUAUGGAACCUGGUCUUCAUGCAGUACUUUAGAGAUGACAAGGGCGCACUGACGCCGCUCGAGACGCCCUGUGUCGACACGGGCAUGGGUCUGGAGCGAAUGGCCGCUGUCAUGCAGCAUGUCGAAUCAAACUAUGACACAGAUCUCUUUGUCGACCUCAUUGGACAAAUCAAGCAGCUGGCCAGCUCAUCCGGCCACGCACAGGUUGUCGCACAGGACGACACAGUCGAACAGCUUCGCAUACAGACUGCCUACCGCGUUGUGGCCGAUCAUCUGCGCGCCACAUCAUUCCUCAUUGCCGAUGGCGUCAUACCCUCUGCGACUGGACGUGGAUAUGUGCUGCGAAAGAUCAUUCGCCGCGCGCUAUCAUACGGCAAGUCACUUGGCUUCUCGGAGCCAUUCCUUCAUCUCUUGUUCCCCUAUCUGUCCAAACGAAUGGCGACCACUUAUCCCCACUUGGAGUCGCGUGCGACAGAGGUAGUCAACGUCAUCUACAACGAGGAGCUUACUUUCUUCAAGGCGAUCGAGCGAGGCAUGCCACAUCUCCAGGAUCUUUUGCAAUCCAAGCGUUUGGAUGACUGGCAUGUAUUCAAUCUCUUCAACACAUUUGGUCUGCCACUUGAGAUAUCAGAGGUGCGCGCCAAGCAGGCCAACCUACGCAUUGACAUGGACAAAGUGAAUCAACUCAUCAACGAAAUGAAGGAGAAGUCCAAGUCGACAUGGAAGAAGGACAAGAACCCAAUACCAGACAUCGUCACCAAAUGGAAGAAUGAGGGCAUUGAACCAGACUUUACAGGAUACUCAUGUACAAAGAAUAACGAAGCAAAGGUGUUACAGUUCCACUUCAAUCCAGAACUUGAAAGCACUGCCUAUAUCUCUGUGGACAGCUGUCCAUUCUAUGGAAGCGCGGGAGGACAGGUUGGCGACGUGGGACACAUAACAGCCAAUGGAAACAAGUAUAGAGUGAUUGAUUGUGUCAAGCCCUAUGACAAGGGUCUGGUCAUGCUACUCGAUAUCGAUCCAAAGCAACAUAGAUACUCGGAUGUUGAACGCGACCUCAAACAGGGAUCGCGAGUAUCAUGCGAAGUGGAUGCACGAUCUCGUCAACAAACUGCAAUCCAUCACACUGCCACACAUUUGCUACAGGCUGCACUGCGAUCGGUACUGAACAGCAAGACGUCGUCGGUCGUGCAGGCCGGCUCGUAUGUCGGACCAGACACACUACGAUUCGACUUUACCCAUCCCAACAAGAUGUCUGCCGCUGAGCUGAGCAAGGUCGAGCAAUGGAUCAAUCAAGUGAUCGCACAGGACAUGCCUGUCGCCACCAACGUGAUGUCCUAUGCCGAGGCAUCACAAUCAGACGCUGUCCAACUCUUCUCGGAGAAGUAUGGCGACAAGGUACGCGUGGUCGACGUGUUGGGCAAGUCCAAGGAGCUGUGUGGAGGCACGCAUGUGCGUAGAACUGGCGAACUGCAGCACUUCAAGAUCAUCAGCGAGAGCAGUAUCGCCGCUGGAACAAGAAGGAUUGAGGCUGUGGCAGGAUCGGCUGCAAUCGCCUACCUCGCCAACCACUCAUCUAUGUUGGCCAACAUCGCAGAACGAUUGGACGUGCCAAUGCAGCAGCUCGAGAGGCAAGUGGACAGUCUCGUGACCUCAAAGCGCGAGAUGGAGCGUCAAGUGCUCGAGUUGCAACAUCGCCUGGCACUGGCCUCUCUGCAGACAACAAACGGCAUGAUCGAUGGCCAGAACACACACAUUCAUCUCAUCAAUCAGAACAUUCAGGACAAGAAGACACUGCAGGACAUAGGCAACCUGAUGGCACAGAAGCAUAGUGACAGUGCCCAUAUCAUCCUCUCACAAGAUGGCAAGAUACUAUGUACACUUGGUCAGCAAUGUCAAUCAAAACCAUCAGUCAGUGCUGAUAAGAUGCUCAAACAAAUGUUUACGAUCAUUGGCUGUGGCAAAGGAGGUGGCAGCAAACAAAUGGCACAAGCAUCACUCGGUGCCAAUCGAUGUCUAGAUCAACAGACCAUCGAUCACAUUUAUCGUUGGGCCAAUUGUCCAACCAAUCAACAACAUAAACAGUAA